CCUUUUCUCCCCUUCUCUUUCUUUCUCUCUAAAUUUCCUCUCUCAAAAACCCCAUCAACCACCAGUGACCACUACUCUCUCCAUCAGCCGCCAACCAGUCGGCGAGACCAGCGUCGCCUCCCUCGCCUGCUCUCUCAUUUCCAAUUGUGACUAACACCGGCCACCAUGGCUGAUGAACCAGCGGCAGUGACCUCUAACAAAUCAGCGCUCAACUGCCACCAAGACAGCAGCCGGCGAGACAACCUUCGCCGCCACCAACCUUCUCCGCUGCCAGCAGCCCCAGUGAAAACUCCACUGCCUCCCAUCGCCGCUCCAUGCUCCAACAAUGCUGACAUCCGCAUGAAACUAGCCGGAGACAACCAAAUCAUCCAAACCACCCGACUAUUCAACCCAUUUUAUCGAAAAAUGAUGGAUUCGUUGGAAUCCAUCCCAGGUAUCCCCACAGCCCGCAGCCGUGAGACUAAUCCUCCAUUCCUUAGUUAGCGCAUUUUACAGUAGGGAACUGGCCAUAGAGUUUUCUCCAUUCGCCAGAGGCGGGGAUCGAAACCCCGACCUCUUACUUAAGGGACAUAGCGCUGAACCACUAUGCUAAAUCUGGUACUUAUGCCCCCAUCCCUUAAUUAGUGUGAUUUUAAUG